GGACCUAUCUGAAUUCGUCCUAUAAGAAACUCUUAUUUUUAUUGCGCAACAUUUUCCAUUGCAAGAGGUUUUACUAAGGUGUGGCCGAAUGAAUACACCGGCGGAGACAGGUGAGUGUGGAGAAAACCGUAAGUGAAACCUUUCACACUUAAACAAACUGGUUUUGCCAAAAGUCUGCUUAUGGCUUUUACAAAUGAAACAUGAGAGAAGAGAGAAAAGUCUGUCGUAAGUAUUGACAUUGAAAAUCUUUCAAGACAUGUUUUGAAUUAAGUGCAAGUGAGUUUAUUCACAAUAGAUUAACCUUAUGUACUCUGUCAGGUUUAGAAUGCUAGCACGCUAAGCUACUAGCAUGUCCUAUUUGUGUUUUCAGAAGAACACAGCCUGGGUUUCUUUCUUUCUGCGUUUUAAUUAGUCUUAAACAGACACAUUUCAUUCACUUCAAUUUAGUUGUGAUUUGAGUCUGAGUCAAAAAUCCUCCACAGGCUUUCCUGACUAUGUGAUGAACGUACACCUACUUCCUGUAGUUCUGUCAUUGGCAGGACCUGGUCUCAAUCCAGUUUAAGUCAGAUCCAGUCCUGGUGCAGACUGGCACCGAUGCGGUCUUCAUGGUGGUCACAGUGUCCCAGGUGUUUUCCAUCACAUGGGGAUACCCAGGUGGGGUGACCCCCCUGGGGCUUUGGGUGGGGGGCAGUGCGGUGCUCAACACUGUGACCCAGUACCAGGGCAGGGUCACCAUCACAGCCACCCAGCUCCGUAUCAGCAGUGCCCAGCUGGGAGAUGCAGGGAACUACACAGUGCAGGUGGACCCUUCGCCCACCACGGGCCUGGCCCAAAACUCAAGGUCCAUACAGCUCAGGGUAUUCGAUGCAGUGGAUGGCGUGACUAUGUUUGUGCCGUCUGUGGCUCUGGAGGGGGGCAAUGUGUCUGUGCGCUGUACCUGGACCAAGGGGACAGAGACCAGUGUGAUGUGGGGUAAAGGGGGCUCUGUUCUCACCUCGAACUCCAGGGUCACUAUCAAAGGGGGCGACUUGGUGAUCAACCCAGCCAGGAGGGAAGAUGCCGGGGUCUACUCCUGCACCGUCGCUAACCUCGUCAGCGCUCAAACCGCCUCAAAGACCCUCACAGUUUACUAUGGCCCCGACACCCCCGUGCUGAGCAAUGAUUCUCCGGUAGACUGUGUGGGAGGAGCGGAUGCAGUACUAGGCCAGACGAUCCGUCUCACCUGCGUGUCCGACUCCCUGCCCCCUGCCACUUUCUCCUGGCAAUACAACAAUGAACCCGUGGCGUCUGGGCAACCAGACAGUGGCGUGUUCAGCCUCCAGACCUUCUCCACCAACCAGAGCGGCCAAUACAAGUGCGUGGCUAGCAACGCCAUCACGGGCGCCACGUCGGAGCAGGGGACGGGCCUGGCCAUCGUGGGCACAUGCCUCAGUGCAGGGGCAGUGGCUGGCAUAGUGAUUGGCUGUGUGGUCGCUCUGAUCUUAAUCAUCAUGGCCAUCGUACUCCUGGUGCGCUGGAGGAAAGUUGACCGAAGACCGGAGGCCACAGGACAAAAGGGACACCCAGACCUCAUGCUUACACCUCCAGAGCCCCCUCCACCUGGUACCCGGACUUUAGGUGGCCAGCACUCUGUCCCACCCGAUGUCCGCGAAAACACACACACACCGCCACGCGACACUAACACACUUCAACACAAUGGCCAUGCCAACAGCAAUGGGUUCCCACACAAUGCCCAACAUCAGAAUGCCAAUUCAUUUCCACGAAAUGCCACCACGCAGGACCACGACACUUUCACACGCACUGCUGCACCUCAGAAUGCCAACACACUCGACACCCUCCCACAGAUGACUCAAAACCACCCGAACAAUCCAAACAUUCUCAUACAAGCGGGUUCUACUCAGGUCGGUGUUAACCUUAACACACUGCCACACAACCAGCAAAAUAGCAACGCACAGCUACCCACGGUUCACGUCAAUCUCAAUUCCUAUCCAACUAAUGGUCAACAUCCCAACCAACAGUCACAGCAACAAUUUACAAGCCCACAGGACAGUGCAAUGCAGUGGAGUGCCAUCAAUGUAGCCAACAGUGUUAGUGCUCCUCAAGUUCAAAAUAACAACCCACAAACGGUCACACAGACUGGACAGUCAUACUCCAAUCCCAGGAUGCAACUUGGCGUGUCAUAUCCUGGUGGUCCUUCACAGGUUGACCACAGUAACUUAGACACUGGUCCUCAAGUCUCUACUGGUCCUGUUCCUACUGGUUACACACACGGUGGUCGAAGUCACACUCUCCAGCGAAACGCCAACACACAGGCCUGCCAGAGGGACCAGGCUACUGAUACCCAGCCUAGACACUCCGACCCAGCAGCGGCCAGUUCUGUGCCACGGGAUGCCAGUCAUGCCACACCAAGUGCCAGCUCACACCACCAACAAAUGCCUUGGGACCGUCUGAGGGGCACCCCGGCGUACCCCAACAACUCCCCCAGAAGGGUACAGGCUUCCCCCGACAGCAGCUACACCUCCGAUAGCACAGAGUCUCCGUCCCAGGCUAGACAAUUUCAACCACACGCCAGAAGGAGUGGGCCAGGAGCACAGACCCAGAGCCCCCCACAGAGCCGAUCUACACCCAGGAAGGCUGCACCGACGGCGGACAGACAGGCCCAGAACCUCCCCCACACUCAUGGGACGAACAAUCAGCCUGGGGCUCCAAGCCACACACAGUCGCAUAUCAGUUCCCAUGUACGCGAUACACCAAGGCAGAGAGCCCGGCAGGAUGUCAGAGCUCAGUCCCAGAUCACAGCUCAGACCGCUUCUCAAAGCCAGACUGGCCCCAGGCAACAAAAUGCCUCACAUAGCCACCACAACCCCCAGCCGCAACAACAGGGACCAGGCGCUCCACAGGGACUAAUAACCAACAUGCCCCGAGGCACCACACUCAACACUCAAGCUCUAACAAAUCCAAAUCACAUCCCACAGACACAAAUCGGGAUUCAGUAUGGUAGGGGAAACACACAUAUGAUACCGCAGCCCACACAAGACCAGAGACAGACAGCAACACAAGGUUGGGGUGCAAUAUCACAGCCUGUUACACAGAACCCCAGUAGCCUCACUCAGACGGCCCUGGAGAUGCACACACUGACGACCCCUAACCCUUUUCACAACCGUAACCACCAGACACAGGCCGCCCUGCUCAACACCCAAGCUCGAGGCCCUAACCUUGGGCGCCAGCGGCCCCCCACGCCCCCUCCCGUGAUCCCUCUGGCUCAGUUUCAGACUAUUCCCAGAGAACGCACCCAGCACCAGUCUCCAAACCGGGGCCCCGAUGGCCCUCUCAGGCCCCCAGUCAACAUACACACCACACAGAGACACCCCAACGCCCACCCGCCCCACAGACAUCCCGACGCUACCAUGCCGGCCAACCCGCACUCAGGAAAUGGCCACCACGUGCACGCUGAUAACACACACAGGCACGGCCAAGGUACUCAACAUGCCCACAGGAAUCCUGCCCACCCACGCCAGUUUCUUAGGUUUCCCCACCUCUCAUCCUCAGUUAGUCCGCGUCCCAAAUGGAACCCUAUUCACUUUGUUUAUUUAACUAUCAGACCCACCAAGGGAGGCCGAGACACUGAGUGAUGCCAACGGACACACACACACACACCAGCAACUGACAAGAGGAGAAACACAAGCAUGGAUGACUAUGGGAGCCCUACUCUAAAGCAAUGGAGACCAAGCAAAAACACACGUAUGCACGUGCACACACACACACACACACCCACCCACUCACACUCUAUCACACACACUUCCCGCAGUCGACUCCUCCUGCCUGUCAAUUGUAUGUUAUCUGUUGAUUUUCAACAGUACCGACAAGGAGUCACUGGAAAACACACACUGAUGUGUCCUUUCUGAAGCACCAUACAACCAAAUAGUAGGAAUGAGAAAAAGGCCUUAUUGAUGGCGAGAAUCUCCAAGCCGUGUGUACGUGGCCUCUCCCAUUCAGCGUGUUCAGAGAGAGAAUGAGGCACUGCCACAACAACGAGGACUUGUUUCCAUUCAUGUCUGUGUGUGUGUUGCUCCUUGUGACUAGAAUAAACAGGAACAAGGACAGGAAAAGAGAACCCUUGCUGGACGGAUUCCAAUUGAUUGAAUGGACUUGGCCCCUGGGAACUAUUGUGUGAAAAUUCUGAAGGAAAUAAAAACCCCUCUGCGACUUGCUUUAUUUAAUAUUUCCAUGGAAGUAUUUAUGUGUUGACUUUUUUGUUUACAGAUGCUUCUCUUGACACCACUCAAUUAAGGGGAUUCGCUUCGGCGCCUGGGCUUCGGAAGCAAUGCGCAACUAACUAUGAAGGAGACCCCACAAAUGGAUGGGCCGCUUAUUAAUUAAGCGCUUUUCGGCGGCUUAAAUGACUCGGAAAAUAAUAGCGGCCAUGCGUGGAGGAGGUCAGCACAAAGAAGCUGCUGAGCUGCAACAUUUUCCCCGACUCAGCAAAGCAAAACAAUUUGCUCUGGGACUACAAUGUUCUUUUGUGUGGGGGAUUGGCACAUUACAAGUGAUCUCUUUUGGAAGGAAUCUUAGUUUUCUUUAGAACAAAAUGUGCAUUUCGUGUCUUUGUUUUCCUGUUACGUGGUAAAUAUGUUGGCCCUGCCAUUGCGAUAUGUGUCUUUGUGACUCAGGGAGGCUGUUUUAUAUUAAAAUAAAUGUUCCAUGAGAAUACAGAAUAGAGGCCAGUUGGGGACCAGUUGGGGAACCCUGGGCUAGGGGUUGUUUCUGGAUUGGAAGUCCCCUCUCUUCCCCAUCCAGUUCCUUUACUUGACUUGAGGUUUUUAAAGAUUAGGGGUCUCCAUUGAACAUGCUUUUCAUGACCAGUAUGUUUUAUUGAUGAUAAUAAAGUGUUUUGAUCGCCCCA